ACGGAGACUUCAGAUCAGGUCUCAGAGGUCCUUGAAUAUUGGGCCCUCUGGACCAUGGGAUCCAGCUUUUCUUUCCACUUUGUUUUGUUUUGUGGACAACAGGAAGCCACUGAAAGUUUCUAAGGAGCACGGUGGCAUGAUGGGAGUCGUGGAAACAUGUAAAGUGCUUAGUACAUAGCAAGUGUUUACUAAGCAUUAGCUCCCUCCUCCCCUCUCUUCGUACCCCAUCUCUCCUGGGGGGAGACACCAAGCCCCCAUGUCUCCUGGGGGGAAAUAGUUCUUUUCUGUUUGGAUCCUAACAGGAAACCAUUUGUUUUCGUUGAAACCACUCUUGCGCUACAGUUCCCUUGGUUGUCUUCCUGAGGGCCCCUAGACUCUCCAUACUGGACAGGUUCUUCUUUGUAUCUCUGGAACACCCUCCUCCUCUUCCUCCUGCCUGACCACCUCCUCCACCUCUCCUUCCCCUGCUCUCCCCUUCCUCUUCUUCCGUUUGGAAAACAAAAACGGAAAUAAUGGUUUUCUGAAAAACCCUCGUAGCUCUCAACUUUACCUAAAGUCAUCCGCCAUAUAAGUUCGAUGCUAUUUCUCCCUCCUCCUUCCCGCAUCUCACCCACACAGCAAGGAGCCCAGUAGAAAGGAAUCAGGUUGACCUGGGUUCUAAUCCUGGCUCCUUGUCCUGCUGAUGGUCUGGCUAGACUCAUAGGCUCAAUGUUCUCAUUUACAUAGUGCCGUUCUAAUAGUGAUGAUGAUAUCAACUCCUGGGGGUCUUCUGAGGACCGUAUUCAUUAAAGGGCUUAUGCGAUGCCUGGUACAUCAAUGAGUUACAGCUAUAGAAUCAUCAUGAUUAUACAGGUAAGAGGUAGGGUAUGGCGAAAGUGCUGGUAGUUAUCUAAGAGGUGGGCUUCAUCCCUAACACCUCAAAGAUGUUCGGGACCCAUUAAAGGUUUUGACAUGGAAGAUUCUUUUAAAAAAAUGACAAAACCCUUUUCCCAAAGUCAUCAGAGAGAUGUCCUAACAGUAGAGAGCUGCUUCCAAGAAAUGGUUUGAAGUGCCAUUAUCAAGUGGGGACGGGGGCUCUAGGGGAUUUUGGGGUCAGCAGAUAUCAAGUGAGCAACCUCACAGAGUUGUGGCGGGGAUUUCCCACAAGGCCCCGCCCCCGGCUGAGUCACCAAACUCUUGGGUUUGACCUGGCAGCUCUCCUCAAGAGUCAGAACCUCGCAGCUCUGAAGAUCAAGGAGUGGAAAGUUCUUCACCAGCCCUGAGAUCUCCAGAGUGGUAUUUGCGAAACCAGCUACUUUGACUAAAAUCCUUCUGGAAUCUGCCUUGCUUGUAUCCCAUCUAUGCAAGAUUUCAUCAUGGGCAGUGGCUAUUACAACAUAUUGGCUACCGUGUUGUUGGUCAUGAAUUUUGAGAGGACGAGACCAAUGCAGGAUUCUUGUAGCAAAUGCCCAGCAGGUACUUUCUGUGAGAAAAACAAGGAUCACAUCUGCAUCGCUUGCCCUUCAAAUAGUUUCUCCAGCACCAGUGGACAGAGGGCCUGUGACAUAUGCAGGCAGUGUGAAGGUGUUUUCAGGACCAAGAAAAUGUGUUCCCCCACCAGCAACGCAGAGUGUGAGUGCAUCUCAGGAUUCCACUGCUUGGGGGAAAGAUGUACCAUGUGUGAGCAGGAUUGUAAACAAGGUCAAGAAUUAACCAAAGAAGGUUGUAAAGACUGCUGCUUUGGGACAUUUAAUGAUCAGAAACAUGGGACCUGUCGACCCUGGACAAACUGUUCGUUGGAUGGCAAGUCUGUACUUGUGAACGGGACGAAGGAACGUGAUGUGCUAUGUGGACCAGCGUCGUCCGACUUCUUUCUACGUACAACCUCUGCCACCAUACCCGCCCCUGCAAGAGAUCCAGGGCCUACCUCCCAGAUCCUCGUCGUCUUCCUUGCGCUGAUGUCAGCUGCCGUGCUGUUCCUGGUGUUCUUUCUGGCACUCCGUUUCUCUAUUGUGAAACACAGCAGAAAGAAACUCCUGUAUUUAUUCAAACGACCAUUUAUGAGACCAGUACAAACCGCCCAAGAGGAAGAUGCCUGUAGCUGCCGAUUUCCAGAAGAAGAAGAAGGAGAAUGUGUUCACACUGUUCUGUGAAGCAGCCGCUGGGACUGUCUUGAGAAGAAUCAGCCCAGAAACAUGAGUGAUCCCUCUAUCGUAGCUUUCUAAAUCGAAAAAGACCAUCCUAGAUAAGACUCAGGAUUACUCCCCAAGUUUUCUCAGAAUGCUAACAAGUUGGCCUUUAAAAAAUGUAUCCCUUUUAAGUGGAUGUGUGGGACCGGGGCAUUUUCUAGAUAAUGUUUAAUAGCCUUGAGAUGCUUUCUUUUCUUUUCUUUUCUUUUCUUUUCUUUUCUUUUCUUUUCUUUUCUUUUCUUUUUUUGAAUUCUAAAGAGACUUAUACUUCAAAUGAAAUCAUGUGGGCCAAUGGUCCAGCUAAAAUGAUAAUCAAAUUUAAUUCCGUUUUGUGUGUGUGUGUAUGUGUGUGUGUGUGUGUGUGUGUGUGUGCGCUAAUAGGACAAAAAGCCAUAAGAUGCAGGAAAUACCCCCAACCAAAUCUUCCUUUGGUUCAGACAUUUGACGCAAUGAGCUCUACUAAUGUGAGGAGGGAAAUUAUGACAGGGCCCAAAUUUGAGGUCAAGGGCGAAAUAUCUCAGACCUUCAGGAAGAGUUUUGGAAAGAGUUCGGAUGUCUUUGCACAUCUUGUGGUCCCCUCCACCCUUGUGUCUUCUGCUUUGUGACUCUCCUCUCUGAGACAGGGUUUAUGUUUUGUUGUUGUUGUUGUUGUUUAAUGUUUUUUUUUUUUAAUUUACUAGUGAAGUGUAAUUGACAAGCAAUGUUAUAUUCGUUUCCGGUGUAGAACAUAGUGGCUCAAUUCUGUACAUUACUCAAGCUCACCACGAUUAUAAGUGUAGUCCCCAUCUGUCACCAUAGGAUGUCAUUACAGUGUCAUUGACUGUACUCCCCGUGCUCUACUCGUCAUCCCUGUGCCUUAUUUAUUUUACAACUGGAAGUUUGUGUCUCUUGAGCCCCUUCAUCUGUUCUGCCCAUUAAAAAGAAUUGGCUUAUGUGUUUUUAAUUCUUAAAACCAUUAAACAUAAUAUUUGAUAUACUAAUCGAGGAAACGGGUAGGAAUGAACAAUUCUAGAAUGAACACGCAUGAGCCCGUAGCCCAACCAGGGUCCGAGAGCAGAAGUUGCCAGACCCCGAAGGACCAAAUCUGAGGCUUUGUAUGGCUUUUGAGCUAAAUGUGAUUUUUACAUGUUUAAAUUGUGAAAAACAAAUCAAAAUAAGACUAAUAUCUCAUGACAUGUAUGUAUGUAUGUAUGUAUGUAAAAUUAAAAUUUUGGAGUUCAUAAAUAAAAUUUUAUGGGAACACUCAGCCACACUCGGGUGGCUUUUGCAUUACAACAGCAGAGUUGAGUAGUUGUGCAAGAGACUAUAUGGCCCACAAAGCCUAAAAUAUGUAACAUCUGACCCUUUAUAGGGUCAGGGUCAAGGUCAGAGCAUCCUCUCCGUGUUGCUUUUCCUCCCUCAUCUUCUGCCUACCUCUCCACCUCACCCCCAGGCAUCGUCUCUCAGGAACAUCAAUUCGAUCGAUUCCCCUGCUUUAAAAAAAAUCAUUGCUCACAUAUUUAUGUACUCCAAAACUAUGUUAUUUAGUUUUGCUUGUUUUUUAGCCUUAUGACAAUGGUAUUACACUGUAUAUGACUUGGUUUAAUCACUCAAAAUUUUAUUUAUAAGAUUCAUAUAAUUGUGUGUAACUAGAAUGCAUUCAUUUUAACGAUUGUAUAAUUUUGCAAAUAUACCAUAAUUUAUCAAUGCGUUCUGAAUCAAAA